AUGUCAAGCAUUCCACAAGAGAUUUACUUUGAUAUCCUCUUAAAGUUACCAGUGAAAUCUCUAUUAGCUUGUAAGUGUGUUUGCAAGGCAUGGUUUGCUCUAAUUUCUAACCCUGGUUUCGUUAGCAUGCAACUCAAUCAAAGAAACGAUAACCCUAAUCUCAUGUUUAAAGGCGCUACGAAGUCUACGAGUAUUCAUGGAAUUCUUUAUUAUCGAGGGAUAAAUUUCUUCAUGAUUAUGCAGUGGACUUGGAUUUACCCAUUCAAAUCAGUUUCUUCGGAUAUUAAACUUGUGUGUAGUUGGGACGGCCUGGUUUGCUUAUGGUUCGUAGACAGGGAGUACAAGAAAUUGCCAAAAUCGAAUAUACCUUAUGUUACUAUGGUUGCAUUCGGUUAUGAUUAUAAGACUAACGAUUACAAGAUACUAGCUGGUUAUGAAAGUUUUUUCGAAGUCUGUUCGUUAGGAUCAAAUUCAUGGAAAAGAAUUGAAAAUGUACCUUACAGGUUUUAUGGUAACCAAUCCGGGAUGCUUGUUAAUGGAGAUCUUCAUUGGUUAGCGUCGAAAGACCAGACUCUUCCAAAGUUAUAG